CCCACCAGCGCUGCGAGGCUCGCGGGACCGCUGCUAUUCCGUUACAGUGUGGCAAAAUGGCGGCUGUCAUUCAGAAUCCACUGAACGCGUUGGGUGAUCAGUUCUACAGGGAGGCGAUUGAACACUGUCGCAGCUAUAAUGCUCGACUGUGUGCCGAGCGCAGCGUCCGCCUGCCCUUCCUCGACUCACAGACUGGUGUCGCCCAGAACAACUGCUACAUCUGGAUGGAGCGCCACCAUCGCGGACCGGGUUUAGCAGCUGGACAGAUGUAUACGUACCCAGCUCGCUGCUGGAGAAAGAAAAGGAGGUUGCACACUUCUAUGGAUUCAAGCCUUCAUCUCUAUGGUCUACAUAUAGGUAAGGAGGCUUUACCUGCACCGAGUACUACACUGGAGGCUUUGCUGAGAGGGGACGGGUUGGACAAGAGGAACAACUCCAGAGAUGAGGAGAGUCUGCUGGAGAUUCAGAGAGUUUUGGAGGCUGAUGCCAAUGAAGAUGCUUUUCAUGACGAUGAUGACUUUGAAGUGGACAUACCAAAAAGGAAACAUCGGGGAAAAGGCAGGGGUCGAGGUUCAGGGCGGCGAAAGGCAGACUUAGAUGACCAGGACAAGCCAUACGUCUAUGAAAGUAGAUACAAACAAAAGCAUAACUCCAAACCUGGAGCCUCAGUUUGUGGGAAGCGCUACCGGAAUCGCACUGGCUUAAGCUACCAUUAUGGCCACACCCACAUUGCUGAAAAGGAGGAGCCCCAGACCAGGGACUCUGAGCCAUCACAGUCCCCACCCAUGAACCACCGUCCUCACAGUCGCAAACAUCAAAUAAAUUCAGAAGCAGAUCAUACACGCAACAAUUUCUGUGACGUCUGCCAGUUAAAACCCGGCGCCAACCUGAAGGAAGGCAAGUGCCUCAAAUGUGGGCGUUCAGGUGGGCGGGAUGGAGAUAAAGAUGAGAAGACUUUUGUCGGAGCUGAGGAGCUGUUCGGUACAACUUCUGAGAGCGACACGUCCACAUUUCACGGAUUUGAGGAGGAUGACCUGGAGGAGCCUUUGUCCAACGGAAAUGAUGCCUCCCCAAAGUGCAGAUAGAAAAUAACUUGCGGGUCUUUUUAAACUGUUAUUUAAAGAACAGCGCAUCCCCCCUGCAAAAAAAUUCUGCUGCUUCUUCUUACUUUUUACAUUUUUGUUUGUUUGUUUCUUCCCUUUUUCGGACAGCAAAGCACAAGUCAUUAUAUCAAAAAGAAGAUAUAUGAACGUGUUCUCUUUCUCGGACAGCUUACACCAUUAGUAAGUUAUAGAUGUGUUUUUAUGUUGUUAUUAUUAUUGUUACUAUUGUUAUUAAUAUUAUUAUUAUUAUUUAAACCUUAGGAGCAAAUAGGAACAGAUUUUUCUCUUUAAUUUCUUUUUGAACACACUUCAUAUUAUUAUUUUUUUCCCUUGAGGGGAAAAGAUCGUGUGAUACAGAAACGCUGGAACGGACGUGACUUUCUGACUUCCUCCUGGAAUUAAUUUCUAGGAAAAUGAACGAUUAAAUUUUAACAAUACAAAAAUACUUAAAGCCUCGCUUGAUUACAGAAAGAAUUAAAAGGCAAUGAAGAUAAUGAAACUUUUUUUGGUAGCGUUUUAUGUCACUGGAAUUGCCAAGGAUGCAAGCAAGAACUUGAAUCUGAAGUCAACUCAGAACUUUCUCAUGUGGAUUAUUAUUAUGACUGCGCCAAAUCAGAGUUGGGAUAACUGUUGAGGAGAGGAGUAACAGAUGUCUGCCUUUCGUCCUGCUCAGAUCAGAAGUUGUUAAUGAAGUGAUUUAACUGUAGAAGUUUGAAACACCAGAGAUAUGAAGCAGAGGAGGAGCUGUGAUGAAGGGAGCAGGAGAGCUGUGCUGCUACUGGAAACUAGAAGGUGGUUCCAGAACCGAAUUCACCUCUCCAGUCUUCUGAAUGUCAGACCCAGUGAAGCUGAGGAACCCUUAAUUCAUCCAGACAAACGCGACUCUGUUUCAGACUCUUGGACAAGUAUUGAUCCUACCCCCUAUACCCCCCCCCCCCCCUCCCAGACUGCUGCUGCUCCCCUCCCCUGUGGUCAAUAGCCUGGAUCUGAGACUGUGAUUAAAUGAUUAGAGCCAUAUGGAACCCUUCCAUCCCUGUGAGAAGCGUCUCACAGCUUUAGUAGAAGUACUCGUCAUAGCUUUAUGGUGUCGGCCUCUGUUGGUAGGGUUGAACCGUCACUUUAAUGGUGAAAAAAGAAGAAGAACUGACUUUGCAGAAUCAGAGUGAAACAGAAUAUGAGGACGGUGUAAAAUGUCUGUGAAAUGUUAAACAUGGAGUGUGUGAUCCACAGUGUGUGUGCUGCUGCGUUCACACAUUUGAGGAAAAAUAAGCUGCUGCUGCUAUUGCAAGUGAGUAUAAGUGAAAGUCCUCCAGCUAUAUCGUAAGCAAAGGUGCAAACCCAUCCAGCCAGUUAUAUAUAUAUAUAUAUCUAGCUGUACUAAAUUUGAUCACUGCUACAACCUGUUUGUCUUGAUUGCUGAUGAUUGAUGGUGCUAUAAGAAGGUUUCUCUUUUUCUCAGUUAAAUAGCUGGAAUUGGGAAACUGAGAGUGAGUGAGUUCAGCAGGAUUAGGUGAUUUAUGACUUUUAGUACAGUGGUUCCCCACCCUGGUCCUGAAACUCCCCCAAUCUUGAAUAUUUUUGUGUUUCCUGGCUCCUAACGCACAUUUUCGCACUAUAAGCUGCACUUAAAAUCCUUUAAUUUUCCAAAAAAAUCAUCAGAGCUCCUUAUAAUCCGGUGCUCCUUAUGUAUGAAUUCUACCAGUCAGAUAUUAAGGAGCAGUAAAGACUGAAGUAUAGAGUAUUAUCGGCCUGUAGCCUGUUCCUAACUCCUAACAAGCACUGCUGGAGCAGCAUUAGCAAUACCCGCUAAAUGUGCUAAGUGCUAGGAAGAUUUUUCUCUAUUCAAAGGCGAGUAGACCAGACUAUAGCUGCCUUCUCAUUUACUGUUGUUAUCACAAGCUACAUGGGACGAACCGCUAGCUAAUAUCGCCUUGGGUUCCCGUAACACUCAGGGUUCCUCUGGCUGUCUGGCUAGCCUUGGUGGAAAUCUGCAAAUCUUAGCUUACUGUAAAUAAACAGAAGCGUUUUACUCACCCAAAUAAACAGUUUUUGUGUAGAUCAACAUUUAGCACUCGUUUGACUUAAAAAAUAUACGCCUAAAAAUCUGAUUGGAAUUUUGAAUGAAAAAAGAUCAGAAAAUAGACGUUUAUUGUUUGUUUUCCAACAAAAUGCAUCAUGUAUUGGCUAAAAAAUGCACUCUUGAGAGGGGUAUCCAGCUAUUGGCGUUUUUGAUCAGAGUGUGAUUACUGUAUUCACACCUGUCCAAACAAAUCGGACCAAGGGUGCAAGUGAACCAGGUUACACUGUACUAAAAAUAGCAGGAAUCACUAAAAUGUAAGAGUAAGGUGUCCUCCAGGUCCCGUUUUGGGAACCACUGUAAAUCGGGAAUCAGGAAAACCUGAAAGUCUGUGAAUGAGUUGAAUCAGGAGUGCUUUAGCAGGAAAACACCUACAGGAACAACAGGAAGAGUUAUCAACCCCUAAUCUUGCCCUGUGAUAAGUAAUAAUGAUAUAGUCAUUUAUAUAUUUUUUUUAUUUUUUUGAUCAAUAGGACAAAACCCUGGCCACAAGUCUACGUCCAGUGGCAGGGUUUUUCUGCGAAUGUGUGAACCUAAGAGGCAGAGUGUUCUACUUUAUCUCUUAAUAAUUCUUCCCAUGGCCCUGCUGCACUAAAUUAGCUUUUAAUGUGCUCCAAUAAUCGGAAUUGACACAGUCGAUGUCUCUGCAAUCACUGUGUUUAACCAAGUCUCUCAGGGGAAGACGAUCCUGACAGCCAUAUUUAAAACGCAUCGCUCUAAAUUCUUAAUUCUUCCAAAUAUUGAGAGUAUAGCUCAUCUUCCAGGUGCAGUUUUGAGAUCUACAUUAAGAGAAUCAUGUUCUAAAACUCCACUGUAUUUGUGUUUGAACCUCAGUACCUACUCAGGCUGUCGACUGUAAGCAUAGCUGCACUUACACAGCACUUUAUUAGGAACCAUUUUAGAACAGCUUUAAUUCAGCAUUGGGGAUGCAUAAGGUCAGCAAUAUAGUCUUUCAAAGGCUGCGUUCACAUUAUCAGGCUAAAAUGAUGUCAGAUUAAUACUGUCAAGCUAAAUGUAAAC